UGAAAUGAAAUAAAAUGAAUGGAAAUCCCUAAAAAAACCAUAAACUCCGAAUAUAGUAUGUAAUUUCUCCUCCUUCCCUAACACAACUGAAGAUAAAAGAAGAAGAAAAGUUUGAUUGUUUUCUCUUGUAAUUAGUUCAUAUGUAAUGCAUCAGAAGAAAUCUGAAGUUCAAAUCGGAAAAGAAAGCACCGGCAUCUCUUCCGAUUUCAAUCCGCUUCUCAUUCCCUCCUCCACUUCCGAUCAGCACUACAAUAUUUUUAAUCAUAAUAAUUCCAAUCCAAUUUCUCCUCAAUUUCUGAUUCAAUUCCAUAAUCAUAAUCUUAAUCAUAAUAAUAACAAUGACCCAAUUACUCCUCCUUCCUCUUCUUCCUCAACCCCUUAUAAGCGGCCGCUGUUAACCCAUCAGCAUCACCCUCGCCGUUCUUCCUCUCUGUCAAAAUCGCCCACCAUUUAUCAUUUUUCCACUACCCAACAUAAUCAAACCCUUUUCUCUAUCUCCGUCGCCGCUAAAUCCGCCGCGUUUCGGUUCCUCCGCCGCUUUAACCACGUCCGCCGGCUCCGUGUCCAUCUCCGUUUAGUUUUGUUACUGUCGCUGCCGUUUUUCUAUUUCUUGGUGUCGCAUCCGAGCCACUCUUUUCUUCUUGAUUUUCUAUCAGCUUUCGCUUUCUCCGCCGCUUUAUUGUUUUCUUUAAAUCUUGCGCUCCCUCGUCUCCCUUCAAUUCGGUUGUUCUUGGCUCGUUCUUUCCCAAUUAAGCUCAAAUCGACGUCGUCUAGCAUAUCACGGCCGCCUUUGCCGGUGUUUUGGUCAAUUGGGUCGAGGACCAAAUCGGAAAAGAGAGUGAAUUCUGGGUGCUGGGUUCAGGUUUAUAGCAACGGAGACGUGUAUGAAGGUGAGUUUCACAAGGGGAGGUGUUCAGGGAGUGGGGUGUAUUAUUAUUAUAUGAGUGGGAGAUAUGAAGGGGAUUGGGUUGAUGGUAAAUAUGAUGGCUAUGGUGUGGAAACAUGGGCUAGAGGCAGCAGAUAUAGAGGCCAAUACAGGCAAGGACUCCGGCAUGGUUUCGGAGUGUACAGAUUCUAUACAGGAGAUGUUUAUGCUGGAGAAUGGUCUAAUGGGCAGAGUCACGGCUGUGGAGUUCAUACUUGUGAAGACGGCAGUCGCUAUGUUGGAGAAUUCAAGUGGGGUGUCAAACAUGGUCUUGGACACUACCAUUUCAGAAAUGGGGACACAUAUGCUGGAGAAUAUUUUGCUGACAAGAUGCAUGGCUUUGGUGUCUAUCGUUUUGCAAAUGAGCAUCGCUAUGAGGGAGCCUGGCAUGAAGGUAGAAGGCAGGGCCUUGGAAUGUACACAUUUAGAAAUGGCGAAACCCAAUCUGGUCACUGGCAAAACGGAAUUCUUGAUGUCCCAAGUACACAGAACACCACAUAUCCUGUAUCUCCUGUUGCUGUUUAUCAUUCCAAAGUACUGAACGCUGUGCAGGAAGCACGGCGAGCUGCAGAGAGAGCAUUUGAUGUGGCAAAGGUGGAUGAACGGGUAAAUAGGGGUGUAUCAGCAGCAAAUAGAGCAGCCAAUGCAGCAAGAGUAGCAGCAGUGAAGGCUGUGCAGAAACAGAUGCAUCAUAAUAAUAACGACAGCAUUCCAAUCCCAAUCGUGUGACACUCCUCUUGCAUUAGAAAAUUAUGGGAUGUCAGUGAGAGGAUUUUGGCUUGUGCGAUUUUACUUUUCAAUAGCUUAAUACCGAGGCUGUAACCAAACAUGCCAGCAUGGAUUCCACGCUGGUGUGGAGGAAGAUGGUGUGGAGUAGGUUGGUCAGUUUUGUUUUCUUUGCUUGGAUGUCGUGUAUAUGUUAUGCUGCUUAGGCGCCGGUGAAGAAGGAAGAGAAUGGGAUAUAGAAUAAUGGCUAUAAUUAAUUUAUUGUUCCUUUACUGUUUUAGUUGUAGAUUUUUGUAAAGAUGAGUUAGAUGCAAUGUAAUAUAUGCUGGUCCUAAGGUGAAACCUUGGCUCAGCAGUGUUGUAUGUGACUAAACGGGUACCUAAAUGAGAUGUAAUCGCAUUCCGCUAUUUUUAGGAA